AUGCUUACGUCUGCGUCUGAGUUCUGUGAGCUUCUUCGCAACGAUAUCGGCUCAGUGAGCAUGGUCGUUCGUAUUGUUAACGAAAUGAUUUUCGACCUUGAUCGCGCGGAGGAUAUCGAAGUUGACGUCGCAGAUGAAAGAAGCAUUCCGCUUGUUGAAGUGCUUGAACGAAAUUGCUUGGGGCCUCAGAGCAAGCUGCUCCUCGCCUAUACUCUAGCCAAAUCUGUUUGGCAAUUCUAUGAUUCAGACUUUAUGCGCAUUUAUUGGACAACAGAAUCUAUCCAUCUCUUUGAAGAGAAGGAGAGAGAAGAAGAAGACGAUGAUGAGAGUGAAAACGAUGAGGGUGGUCGUGAGCGCAGUGUUGACUGGGCACCCUACUACGCCUUCCCAUUCGAAGAUAUGAGGGAGGUAGAAACUGUGGAGCGACUGCCACUGGGAAAAUUCAUCCAUCGAUAUCCUCAUGUACUUGCGCUCGGCCUCUUACUGUACGAGCUCGGUCUGAAGAGACGCUCCAAGAAGCGAAUUAAACCCGGCGAGCCGGCAACUACCCCAGAGAAGAGAAUCAAUGACAAUGCGAAACGAAUUCGUACAGGAGUUACAAGCGAUAAAUGGCCCAAUAUCGGUUUGAAGCAUCCCGAGUCGUUAGAAAAAUAUCGCAUUAUCGUCGCAAACUGUGCCAGUGAGAGCGUCUUUAGGCCACCAACAACCGAAGAUGCAACGAAAACACCCCUCCAAAUGGAGGAGGAGCUUCAUAUUGAGGAGAGACGUGCAAUGCUUUAUAGAAAAGUCGUCGUACCGCUUAAGGAGCUGCUUCGAGAUGCUGGUUGGAUCAACGAGUCCGGCAAUAUCGCACGUCAGUUGGUUAAGGGCGAUAACGCGAUGUCCAAGAAAUGUCAUAUAUCAAAAGACUCAGUGUCAGAAACACUACUCGCGAAUACAUCUCAAUCUUUUGAAGUCGCCCCAAAUGGGAUUCAACAAGCCUCAACAGUCUCAAUGAAGGCUGAAGCAUGGCUAGAGAAUAUUAAGCGCAGCUCUCUUGCCAAAGAGUUACACAGUCAGUUCCAAAACAACGGAGUGCUCGCAAGCAAAAGAAUCCGCAUCGCUGUCUUAGACACCGGCUAUGACCCCGAUGCCAUAUUCUUUAACAGGGAGCGAAAGAAACGACUCAAGGGCUGGAGAGACUUUACUGUGAAGGCCCAGCCCGUAGGAAAGGAUGAGGAUGGACACGGAACACACGUCUUGUCAGUGCUGAUGCAAGUGGCAGCGACUGCUGACAUUUACGUUGCUCGUGUAGCACGAGAUACAUCUGAAUUGCAAUAUUCUACCCAAAAUGUUGCCAACAUGUCGCAUAUGAUGUACGCAGGCAGACAUCGGCUAACCAAGGCCAAGGCUAUCGAGUGGGCAUGGAAGUGCUGCGGGGCCAACAUCAUCUCCAUGUCGUUUGGCUUUGACGAUGAGAUUUAUGUUGAUGACAAGCCAGUUAUAAGUAACGCUAUAUAUAAGGCGCUCCAGAAAACAAACCAACAAAUUCUCUUCUUUGCUGCAGCGGCCAACGACGGUGGUAACAGGCCAGAGAUGUUCCCGGCAAACAGCCCACAAGUUUUCUCUAUCCGUGGGAGCGACGAUACCGGCUGGCAGCAGCCUUUCAACCCCCCACCGGACUACGACGCCAGUACAUGCUUCAUGACACUGGGAAAGGAUGUUCCAGGAGCAUCUCUCAGCGCCAGCAAACACAAGGGCGCAAACGUGUGCAAGUCCGGGACCUCGGUGGCGACGCCGAUCGCUGCCGGCAUCGCCGCAAUACUGCUGGGAUACGCACGGAUACAUGAGAAGGAACUAUGCCAGAGUUUACAGUUUCAACACGACAUAAUGCUAUUAAGCCUGUGGAAAAUGAGCGGGAUGAGAGAAAUGUUCAAGAACAUUGCAACGACGAUGGUCGACAAGUGGGCAUAUCUAAGCUUGUCCAAGUUUAUUAAGCAGUCUCAAGGAUUAGCAUAG